CACGAGUAUGCGGUUUAUCGAAUUGAAUACGGCGUGCAGUCGCCGUGUUGAGGGACGGGAGCGGUAACAUCGAUGCGGCGGGUUCCUUAAGACGCAAACAAAGUCAACCUCACUCCCCAACCACCGCGCCCGCACAAUGGAAUGCUCUCAUGCUGUACCCCGACGCUGACACUCCGGCUGGCAUCGUAGACGAGUGCCUCGCUCGCCUCGGAGGCGCCGACGUCGCCGCCGCGAAGCGGUGCUUCCAGCAGACUCUCACCGCGCUGCAACAGCACCGUCCUCUCGUCGCCCGCCAACGCUCGCGCAAGGCGAAGGAAGCCUUCUCCGCCGCCAUCGAACGCUUCUGGGUCGCCGCCGUCUACGCCUCGCUCCCGCACUACUACCGGUUCUCGCUCAACAAGCUUGUCGAAUCCUUCGGGAAGGAUGCGGACGUCGACAUCGUGAGCUCCAGCCGCAAGAUCGUGAACCUCGAGCGCAUCUGCGCAGCCUGGGGCGCCGACGCCCUCACCACCCUCCGCUCCCUCUUGCCCGCGCGCCUGCCCUCUGAACCCGCCUUCAACUUCCUCGAGGCGCUCGUCAAGAUCGCCGAAGCCCAGGACUUCGUCGUCUUCUGCGCCGACUUCCCGCCCUUCCUCAACGACUGCAUCAACAACGCGCGCACGAAGAAUUACCGCCAGGCCCUCCAGGCUCGCGGCGCCGCCGUCGUCACUCGCGCCGACCUGCACGCAUACUACCUAGCGCAAGUCGAGCCCUCCAUCGAGCUCAAGCCACCGAAGAAGCGACGCAAGACCGAGGUCAGCCCCGUCGAGCUCCCGCGCCGCGCGCCCCAAGCCUCGCUCUCCGACACCACCGAUGACGAGAUACAUGUGGAUACGGAGGAUACCGAGAACGAGCUAGUAGACAAGGAGGGGACAACGCUGGACGAGCUGCGGGAUACGGGUUCGAGUGGACAAGAGCUUGGGCUUGGAGAUACAGGCUUGAGCGAGCAGGACUUGGGGGACGGGGAUACAGGCUUGAGUGGGCAGGACUUGCGCGACGGAGAUAUAGGCUUCGGUGAGCACCGCGCUCGGUUCGACGAAAGCCCCGGCUUCCGGCUUGACGAAGAGGAGAGCAUUUGGAACGGCUACGGCUUCACAGGCCCUGAUCCUACUGACGACGACGGCCCAUCCCGUAGUCAAGACGAGCCCAACGCGCCUGACACCGGCUUCACACGCCCCGAUCCCACCGACGACGACGCACCGCUUCGCCAGUUGGAGCCUGACCAGCCUGACACCAGCUCCAUGGGCCGGCGAUCCUCCUCGGCAGACGAUGAAGACUACGAUGCUAUGCUGCAGAACUUCCGCUCCUCGCUCCUCUCCGCCUCCGCGUCGGAAGCCUGCCGCGGCCCCGUGCAGUACCUAAUCGACACAUGCGCUAAUAUCGCCAAGAGGAAGAAGGACUGGCAGGAGGCACGGGCAGAAGAAGAGAAGGCUGCGAACGAGCAUGUGGACAUCGUCCGGCGGAUGGCGGAGGCUUCGUUUCCUGACAUGACGUGCGACGCAUCCAUCGAGCAGUGCAAGAAGAAGCUCGCGAGCAUGGCCGCGCUGCGGCAGACGUUCGACGAGCUGCAGGCUAUGAAGGCGAAGUUCGACUCGCAGAUCCAGUCCGCCGGCCUGGGCGAUGCGUACCAAGUCCACACCGAGGCUAACACGGCGCGGCACGACGCGGCGGAAGCCAGCGUCAGGAAGCAAAUACAGCUGCUAGAGGGACUAAAGGCGGAGGUCGCGGAGAAGGAAACGGCGGUCAGGACGGCGACGCAGGCGAAGGAGCGCGCCGAGGAGAUGUAUGUGCAGCUGAGGGAUAAGUUCCGCAAGGUGCAGCAGCUGUUUAGUAUAGCGGGCAAGCAGGUCAGGUAUGCGGAUGUGGGGAGGACUGAGAUAGCGCCGACUCCUAAGUAAUAACAUGCGAGGAAAUGAUAUAUGUUCCC